CUCGUGUUCGUUUUCGAGCUUAACGAACCGAGCUUAACGAACCCCGAAUCCGAAUACGAGCUAAAUUUAGAGCUCGAAUAGAAAAACGAACCGAGCUCGAACAGGAUGGUAUUCGGUUCGAUAUGUUACCGAGCCUAUCGAACAUUUGUAUAAAUAAAUAUUUUUUACCCAUAUGUCUAGUUGUCCACUUUACUAGCUUGUUUACUAAUUCGGAUCCCUAUUUGUUUUAUCAUUUAUCAAAGACUCCAACCCUAAAUAUUUAAUAUUUAUACCCUAGAUUAUUAAUUCCCCAAAAUUGAUAGUCCAAAAUUCGAAAUUGUAAAAUCUUCUCUUAAGCUUAAAGUAAAACUUAGGGUUUCUUAAUCUAUUUGCCAACUUCAUCUUCUCCCAUCAGUAAAGACGGUAAGUCUACACUCUACCUUAAUAAGCCGUUCGAAACUUCAAUCUCUUUGUAACUUUCAAUCAUCUAAUACUUUUUUAUUACAUUUAAAGGUUGAAGCGGCAAAUUAGAAUAGAAAGCUGGGAAGUGGGAACCAAAACUGAAAGUUCGGAAUCUGGUUCAUGCCUUCGUGGAAGAAGUUGAUACCUCUAUCAACACCGAUCAGUCACAUGUAGAGGAGAUAGAAGAUAUACCUCAAGAGAAUCAGGCGGGGCAUGAUGGAGGUGAAGAGGUUAUAAUUGAAGAAUCAGCUCUGAAUUUGAACAAAGAAAGAGCAAAACGGUCAAAAAUUUGGGAUGAAUGUUUCACCAAGAUAAAGAAUGACAAAGGAGUGGUGGUAAAAGCUGAAUGCAGCCAUUGUAAAGUGAAGUUGUCUUGACAAGCGACUGGCACAACAACGCAUUUGACUAGAUAUAUGAAGACGUGUUCUCAAAGGAAGGCGAUCAUGAGGCAGCAAGGUCUACUAAACUUUCAAGCAAGCAAUCAAAGUAUGCCUUCCCUAGCUCCAGCAAUUGUAGGGGGGAAGUACGAUCAUGGAAAAAUGAAAGAAGCCAUUUGUCAUUGGUCCAUGAUGCAUGAACAUUCAUUCUCCAUCGUAGAAGAAGAAGGGUUCAAUUUAUGAUGAAAGUAGCUAAUCCUUUUUAUCAAAGAAUCAGUCGAGUUAGUUUAAGAAAUGACUGCAUCAAAAUUUAUGAGUACGAAAAGAAAAAGGUAAAAUCUAUGCUCUCUAAUGUUUCAAAGAUCAGUUUGACGACGGACUUAUGGAAAUCAAAGAACCAAAAGAUUGGUUACAUGGUAGUCACAGGCCAUUUUCUGGAUGCUGAAUGGAAGCUCAACAAAUGGGUGCUGAAUUUUGUUCAUAUUCUACCACCACACAGUGGCGAUAAUAUUUCAGAUGCUUUGUACAAAUGUUUGAAAGAUUGGGGAAUUGAGAACAAAAUUUAUACUAUAUCAGUAGACAAUGCUUCAGCAAAUGACACAGCAAAUGACACAGCAAUCAAGAACUUGAGGGAAAUCUUUGCGAUGAAGAAAUAUUUGAUUUGUGGUGGAAAGCUUUUUCAUGUGAGGCGUUGUGCGCAUAUCUUGAAUCUUAUUUUUCAAGAUGGUUUGUCUAGAAUCAAAUCUGUAAUACAAGAUAUAAGGGAUAGUGUCUCUUUUCUUAACCAAAGUGAAGCCCGGGUGAACACUUUCUGUGAAGUUGUCCAACAAUUGCAAGUGUCUGGCAGCAAACUCAUACUUGAUUGCAAAACACGUUGGAACUCAACCUAUGAUAUGCUGCAUUGUGCAUAUAUGUUCAAAGAUGUAUUUCUAAUAUAUCAAAGAAAGGAACCCAGUUACACGUCAUGUCCAUCAAAAGAAGGUUGGGAGAAGGUAGAGAAAAUUCUUGAUAUUUUGGUGGUUUUCUCUAAUCUCACCAACAUAAUAUCUGGAAGUGAAUACCCAACGAGCAACCUUUUUCUGGUUGGAGUUUGUAAGAUUAAACAAAGCUUAGACAAUCGUGGAAGUGAUGAAAGUGCAUUCAUGAAGGAUAUGGUCGACCAAAUGAAGAAAAAGUUUGACAAAUAUUGGGGAGAGUGCAAUUUACUCAUGUCUAUCGCUGCUGUUCUUGAUCCAAGGGUGAAAAUGAGGGCUUUGGACUUCUGUUUUCCUAAGAUAUAUCGUGAAUCAGAGGUAGACCUCAACAUAGAAAAGGUGAAAAGGGCUUUGCUUGAGCUAUAUAAUUAGUAUGUGACCAUGGAAAAAGUUCUACUCUAGGAAAGAGAAAGUUUAGUUGUUCUCAAUCCUCUUCAAUAAUGAAUUCAUCAGCAUCCGACUUUGAUGAGUUGCAUGCAUAUGUGAAAGAAGUAGAGACUAUCCGGCCAAAUAGAACAGAAUUGGACAUGUAUUUUGAAGAUGGUUGCUAUAUUUGCUCAGAAUGAUCAACUGAAUUGUUUGAUAUCUUGGCUUGGUGGAAAGGAAACCAAUCAAAGUAUCAUGUCCUUUCAAAAAUGGCAGCUGAUAUCUUGGCGAUUCCGAUAACUACAGUGACUUCUGAGGCUACAUUUAGUGCUGGAACAAGAGUAAUUGACGCAUAUCGUGCAUCACUAUCAGUUCAGACAGUAGAGGCGCUGCUCUGUGGAGGAUAUUGGCUUAGAAAUCUUCAUGGGGUAAAAAAAAGAAGCAAAGAGUGCAAAGAACCGAUAAUAAUUAAUCUACCAAUAUCAUAGAUGAUCAAACAAGAAGUUUUAAUGCAGUGGACGAGUCUCAUAUUUUGUGAAUUACUGAUUGGACUCUGAAAUAUUGCUCACUGUAUUUGUCUAUUUUGCUUGUGGAUAUUUUUGGACAUAUGAACUAGUUUGGCUCCUAACUUUGAACAUAAUUGCUUGGACAUGUAAUGCUUAUCUUUUGCGCUAAGGAUCAUUAAUCUAUGUUUAUUUUUGUAAAUGUGUUUAUUAUUAUUGUGAUUCUCUUCUCUAGUUGUAAUAUAAACACCAAAAUUGGU